CACGUCAUAGGCUGCAAGAAGCAAUAGUACAGUACACGAGGGCUCAUUAAGACCUCCGGAAUGAACCCAUAGGCUACUCACUUUUGCUGUGGACAUUGCACGAUAGCCCACUUUAAGGCAGACAUGGGAUACCUGCUGUAGACUUUAGACUUUAGAGAACAAGUGUAUUCAUAACUGUGUUUAAACACCUUCACUGAUAGCCUAUGCCUGUAGUCUAUGAUGGAAGGAACGGGCUUCCUACCAGCAUUUUUGGUAAUUUCCUCCUCAGGCACUUUCCUAAUUAAUUACGUUAUAGCAAUCAUAAGCGGACACAUCGAUGUCAUCUUCCCCUAUAUCAGUGACACUGGGACAACUCCUCCAGAAAGCUGUAUAUUUGGACUCAUGACGUCCAUAACAGCCAUGGCAGGUGUGGCUACUAUGUACACCAGGUAUAAAUUCAUUGAACUGUUGAUUGAGAGGACAGGAGGGGUGCGUCCAGUGCUUAAUAAGAUUGCUCUUGGGAUCGGACUGCUCUCGUGUUUAGGAAUGAAUAUAGUCGCCACUUUUCAGGAGACAGUUGUGACGCCUGUCCAUGACUUCGGGGCUUUGCUGUUCUUCCUGAGCGGAGUAGUUUACAUCGUCCUCCAGACGUGGAUAUCGUACCAGGCCUAUCCCUAUGGGUCGUCCAAGGCCAUGUGCAGGACUCGUGCCCUCAUCUCCUCCAUCGCUGUAGUGGCUCUCUUUCCAACGGUCAUCUGUGCUAUUUUCGUGGGAAGCUCCGAACUCCGCUGGAAAGGAGAUGAACCGAAUUAUGGCCUCCAUCUUGCCAGUGCAGUGUGUGAAUGGAUGGUGGCCUUCAGCUUCGUCUUCUUCUUUUUCACCUACAUCAGAGAGUUCACGCGCUUUACCAUGACUGUGAAAGCUGAAUUGGUGGAGCAGAAUUAAAUCAAUCAUCCUCUGUAGAUAGUAUUUUUAUACUGAUGUUUUUUUUUUUUAAAUCUGCAUAUUUUAGGUACCUUUGUAAACUUUUGUACUUUGUAUGCAGAACUCUCAAAACUCUCCAAAGUGUUUACAAAUUCAUGAAUAUCUUUGGGAUUUUUUCUAGUUUUGUAUUAUAUUCUCAAUAUUGUUCGACAAGUAUUUAUUUGUAUAGUGUAUAGCACAAUGGCCACUCAAAGCAUUCCACACAGGCAUAGCGAAACAUAAACAUAAACAUAAACAUAACAACAUAAACACUCCACAUGAAGUCCAUGGGCUUUGGCCAGUGAUGAUUCUCCUGGUGUAAGGAACCAGGCACAUGACAUGGUGCUCUUGAACAGACUAGGCCGUCCGUAGAGCUCCGGUAGCAGCACAGGGCAGCUGUCCUAAAUGGAGGCACAGACAAUGGGAACUGACAGGAUAUUUGUCAUAUCAUUGUAUUAUAUCUACUCUACUGUAACUCUGUACCUGUGAGCCGAGAUACGGAGACAGGUAUAUGAGAAUGGAUCGAUGCAUUAUAUUUUUAUAUAUAUUCUCUGUUUUUUAUGGUUUAAAGUUACUGUGUUUGUGUUCAAACCACUGAAACUGAUUAUGUAACCUCAUUAUGUCACAUGACAAUGAAACUGACCGUUAAAGCACAAGAUGACCGCAAGCCUUUAUGCAAUGUGGACAUGGCCAUGGAGAAAUAAAAGUACAUGAUCAUCCUA